UUUAACAAAACACAAAAGAAACUGUAAAAAGAAGGGGAAAUGGAAGAGAUUUUGUUUUUCCACUACUGUGUAGGAGCAUCAAACUUGCCUGUGAGAAUGUAGCUCCUCUCAGUGAUCCAAUAUGGAUCACUGCCAGUACAAAAAUGGAGUACUACAUCACUGCCAUAAACAACAUGAGGAACGAUGCUGCUCAUGGUCCAUUUUCUGUUACUGAUGAAGAUUAUUAUGAAAAUAUGAGAAAGCUUCGUGAGUUGUUAACUGGUUGUCUUAAGACAUCUGGAAAAAGGUAUGGGAGAGACCAGGAUGAAGUGACCAAUGAGACCCAGCAGAUGAAUGAUGAACUGGACCACAUCAUGAAUGAGAUUCUCGGAGAGGAAGAUAUAAUCAAAUAUUGUAGUGAUGAUAUAAAACAGAUUAUCAUUAAAGAUAGUUACAAUAAACUGAAGGAGAUAUUACAACAAAUAACUUAUAUUAACCCAGUAUAUUUUAUCACCAACAACUUUCAACUUGAAGUAGAUCAAAUUUUUGUUGAUAUUGAAGUUAAAAAAGGUAGAUGUAGAGGUAAUAAUCAACAUAUAGAUUAUGUAGACCUUCUCUCACUUGUCCAGACAACAUGUGUGGCAUCAUGUGUGAGCUCUGGCACACAACAACAAGGUUCCUCUGGACGACCACAAAUACUGCUGCUUGAAGGUGUGGCAGGCAGUGGCAAGACUACUCUAGUGAAGCUAUUAACUGACCAAUGGAUACAAGGUGGACAAGGUAACAUAAAGGACUUAGAUAAUUAUGAUCUCUUACUGUGGAUACAGUGUAGGAACCCGACCAUCAACUCAUACCAGGGUCUUCUAGACCGACUAAUACCAGAUGUUUCAACAAAAUUCAGAAACAUGCUGCCUAAAAUAAUAAAACUUUGUAAGGUAAUAAUAAUAGUUGACGGUCUGGAUGAACUCAAUAACAACUCCAGAACAUUAGUCAAAAGUCUUUUACUGGAAUUCCAAAACUCAAUUAAAACAACUUUUAUCUGCACCUCAAGACCUGAAGCAGUUGAAAUGUUCAGCUUGACGAUCCCUGAAGGUUAUGAUGUGACUAUUGCUGAACUACGAGGCAUAAAGGAAGAACAUACGGAAGAAUUUGUGCGUCGGACUCACCAGGAGAUAACUAAGCUGACCAACAGCAACAGAAACACUAAUAAACUAGUGAAUAAGGUGAUGGUGAUCAAAGGUUUUCAUGAACACUUACGUCUACCAAUGAAUUUAACAUUUUUUGUUUACAUCUUGAAUCAGGAACCUGAUGAGUUAAACAUAAGAACCAUAACACAAACACAACUCUACCAUAAAAUACAUCAUAUGAGUCAAAGUAAGCUAUUAGAGAGAUUAACAAACUGUUCAAAGAACAAGGUGAAUGAAAGUACUGUACAGAACAGUGUUCAAGAAAUACUGAAGAUAAUAUACGCGAGAUCACUAGAGAGUCUCUCACGUGACCAGUUGAGUCUUGAAGAAGAGACUGUAGAAGAACUAAUAUCUGUUUGUAACAAACAUGAUAUACCUUACCAUGAGAUAUUGUCUGCUUUCUUGAGUUUGAAGCCAAUAUGGACUUGGCAAGGCAUUGAGGAGCGCUACUCUGCACCACACAAGGGAAUCCAAGACUACUUCAGUGCUCUGCAUAUUGUGAUGACACUUAAGCAACAGCUGCAGUCUUCACCACUCCCAGUCUUGAUCCAAGACAUCAUGUACACCCAGCAUCCAGCACCACCUGUGUCUUCUCAACCAUCUGUGAUAACUGUAUCACCACCACCAAUACCACCUAUGUCUUCUCCACCACAUGUGACAACUAUGUCAGCAUCACAAACUCAACCUUCUUCACCAGUCACAUCUUCGCAGACCUCACCAAUAUCAACUUCACCUUCACCAGCACCACCUACACCAGCAUCACCUACACCAGCACUGCCUACUCCAGCACCACCUACACUACCAUCACCUACACCAGCACCACGUACACCAGCACCACCUACACCAGCACCACCUACACAGGCUUCACCUAUACCAGCAAUUCCUGUUAGUAUCAGGGGAGUGUUAGAAGAGAGCAUCAGGUCAAGUGUGGUAGAUAUGAACAAGUACCAGAAUGUUCUGACACAUGUGGCUGGACUGCUGCACCUGGUACUAGACCAGGUACCUGAGGCACCUGCACGGGAAGUGGUUCAUCUCCUACAAAAGUCUGGUGUGACUGGCAAUAAACAGUGGCUCGACCUCCUUGACAACACUAUGAUGUCUCCAGUAAUUGUCAAACAAAUAUCUCACUUCUUCAACACUGAAGAAACAAUUGUCGUACUUGAUGAACAUGUGAGAAGCUGCGCUGCUCUCCUACCACACCUUAGCUCCUGCGACGUGAGGAUUGAUAUCCGUGGUGACCCUGGUGACCUACCUGACCUGCCUGACCUGCUGGCUGGCCUCACCCACCACCACUGUACACACCUGCUACUACACAACCACUAUCUUCAUGCUGACACAACCACCACUUCUGACAACCAGCUGCAACGUCUACAACAUCGGAAUCACCUGGAGACGUUCGUCGGUUGUCUUACUGGUGGAGGUGUGAAUCUCCUACAAGACUGUCACAAACUGUGGCAGCUCCACCUGGCUGUGGUGAGUGACCACCAUGCUGGCUGUCUCCUGCCACAACUACACCACACUUUUACCUCUACACUACAUCAACAUGUGUGGCUCAGUGUGAGAGUCUCAGCAGCAGCAGUGUCAGCAGCAGCCGUGACGUCACUACCUAGCACACACGUGGUGCUGGAGCUGACUGACGUGAGUGAUGAUAUUGUGAGUGAUGCCUGUGACCUGAUCCAGAAGCUACAGCCACCAGGAGGCCCUAUGUCGGGGGCACGGUGGGCAUUCGUGUCAAGUGGAUUACCAUUUACAGCCCUGUGGCAGGGGCAGCCCGGAAUGGCUCAUGUGGAAUGGCCGCUGCCCGAGUGCCAGAGUGACACAGGAGAUUCUCUGGAGGUGUGUUGA